UCUCCCUUUGAUUACAGAGACGCUUACAGACAUUGAUGAUAAAUAGGUAAAAAAUAAAUAAAAUUGGAGCAUUUUCAGAUUUUAAAAUGGUCAAUGGUCCAAAAAUAAAGUAUCCAUAUCAACCUGCAAUAGGUGUGAAAACGGAUUUUGAAAAUUUGCUUCAGAAGUUUUCUUCUGCAGGCACUGUACGCUAUGAAAAGUUUGCAGAAUGUUGGAGAGAAUUAAACAUGUCCUGCUACUGCGCUGGGAGACAAACAAUCAGAGAAGCAAAAGAGUUUGUUGAGCAGUGUUUCAAUAUAGCAUCGCAGUUCUGGUUACCACCGUCAUCGUUUCUUGUGAGAGCAGGAGCACUUUACCUUUUAUAUGGACUUUAUAACUAUCAGCUGGUUCAACCAAAAGUAAAAAUCCGAGCCACACCUGAUCAAUGGAAGGAAAUAGUCGAGUUCCAGAAAGAAGCUCGAGAACAACAGCAUCUGGAUCUGGAUUUUGUCUUCCAGAAACUGUUGUUGGAAAAAGCAUUUCAGUUUGUUGCUACUCCUGAAGAGGCAGGCCACAAAUCAAAAGGUGUUGAAGACAGCAAAAUUAUUCCCGAUAGUAUGAAGGAAGAAACUAGCAUGUUAGAUGAGAUCUUUUCAAGCUCAAGUUUAAAUCAACUGGCGUUGGUACAUGACCAGUAUCAGAAGAUGAAGUUGGCUUUAAAUGGGGAAGAUGCUUCAGAACCUGACACCUCUUUAAACAUCGUACACCCUGACCUUAUUAGUGGUAUAUAUAAAACAUUACAGACAUAUAAAGACAGACAAACUGGCUUUAAAACUCAAACUAAAGAUAAGAAUGCAGAAGAUAAAGAAGAUUCAAAGACAAAUGAGUCCCAGUCUAUCAAAAAGCAGCUGAAACAGAAAGCUUUUGAGCAAGGCACGGUUGGUUACAGAGAGUCAUUGCCUGGAAGAGCAGAGGAUGAUAAUGAGGGCAGUCAAUCAACUGAGGACACUGAACCAGAAGUUAAGUGUGUAGAUAAUUAUGUAGAGCUACACACAACAAAAAGGAUAAAGAAGAAAAGAUCUUUAUAUGACAAAGAUGAGGGUGAGGAUGCACCUUUGGAAAUCUCCCAGAUAAAAGAAUUGUUCUGCAUGCCUAAUUUGGAUGAGGUUAUCCCGAAGACUUCUGAAACAACAGCAGCUACUAAUACAAGUGAGGAUAGUACCAGUAGAGAGGAAAGUGGAGAAAUAAUGCCCAUUGAAACUGAUACACAAACAGCUACUCAGACACAGACAGAUAGUCCUGAAGAAAAACCUAACAAAGCAUCAACAUCUACAGGUAUUUCUUUUGCACGUAAACAGACAAAAAAGAAAACAUAUAGCGGUUUUGUAAUGAAAAAUGAUCAAACAAAUGAAAAGGAAAGUGUAAAGGAAACUAUGAAAAAUAAACCUGUUUCUGAGAAAGCAAACAAUGUUGCUUCUACCAAAGGUGGUAAAAGGAAAGCAACAAAAGAAUUAAGUUUAUUAGAGAAGGUGCAGAAACUGAAGGAUGAAACAGAAAAGAGCAAAGUCAUGGAUGAACCAAAGGAGAAAGAACUGACAGCUCAGGAAAAGUUGCAAAUGAAGCUUACACAGAGGAAGAAAGAGGCGAGAUUAAAAUCAACAAAGGGGAAUAAGAAGGGCAAAAAGAAAUUGUGAGCUAAAUGGAUGACUGGACUUUAUAAAAUGUAAUAUUAUGAUAAAAAGCAUAUUCAUGCAGUAUUGACACAGGGGGAAAUUGCCAUGUACCAAGUUAAUGAAAGAUUUGAUUUAUUGAAUGAAUAAUUGUUGAUAUGGAUAAGGACAGAUAUCUAAGAUAAUAUAUGUAAAGCUAGUGUUUAGAGUGAUUGUGUGAAGUUUGUUAAAAAUCUGAUUUUGAAUAAUGCCUUCUGUACUUGGAUGAAAGAGGAGUUCAAGUUUUAAGACUGUUGCUGAUUGAAUUCUAUAAAAUUAUGGGGACGUAUAUAAAAGGUUUUUUUUUCUCAGUUGUUGAGAGCAAUUUUGAAUCUUUUGCUGUAAUUGCAAGUUUGUGUUUUGGGAAAAGAAGAGUAAAGAAUUUUUCUGAAUUUUAGUUUCAGAUGGUUAUAUGUAGAUUUCACUGAAUCACAAAAGAAUGUUAAAAUAAUUUAAAUCUUUUGAAAAUUUCAUACUCUGUAACAUGUCCUGUUGAAACAUCAUGAUAAAAAGUUUUCAAUACAGCUUCAAAUAGACAAAACAACCAUUUUUAGCUUGUCUGCAUCGAAGAAAGAGUCAAGCUGUUAUGAUAACUGCAUUGUCACUUUAGUUGUUCCGGUCAACGUUAUCCUGGUUGAUUUACUCUUCCAAAUACUAGCACAUUAUUCAAGCAUGUUAAAAGUUAUCUGCAUGAAACUUGGAAUAUUUGCUAAUCUUGACAAGAAUCAUAAUUCUGAAAGCUAUAUUUCUGGAAUAAUGCCUAUUUUUAACUUAGAAUUUACAUGUAUGUCAAAAGUGUUUAUAAAUGUUAACAAACAAACUGUGGUCUUGUUUUUACAAAGGCAAAAUCCAUUGUGAUUUUUAGCUUGACUAUACGAAUAUAUGGAGAGCUGUCCUACUCGCCCCAGUGUCUGCGUCCAUAUUUCAGAUUAAAGUUUUGGUGCAGUAAAAAAUUUUUCACUGUAACUUUGUCAUUUCUUAAGGUAUCAACUUCAUACUUCAAAUAUAUGUUCCUUAUCAUCAACCACAUCUUAUGUGACAAGGUUUAUAAAUAGCACCAAUAUUUUCGGGUUUAUCUCCCCUUGAACUUAAAAAAUACUAUUUUUUACUGUUACUUCUUUAUUUCUUAAGGGAUCAACUUCAUACUUCAAAUAUAUGUUCCUUAUCAUCAACCACAUCUUAUGUGACAAGGUUUAUAACUCUAGCACCAAUAUUUUCAGAUUUAUCUCCCCUUGAAGUUAGAAUUUUCCUUAAAAAUAUUAUUUAUUACUGUUACUUCUUUAUUUCUUAAGUGAUCAAUUUCAUACUUCAAAUAUAUGUACCAUAUCAUCAUCCACAUUUUUUUUGUGACAAGGUUCAUAACUCUAGCACCAAUAUUGCAAGAAUUAUAUCCCCAUAAAUUUAGAUAUAUUUACUAGAAAAAUGUUAUUUUUUACUAUAACUUUUUUAGUUUUAAAAGUAUCUACCUAAAACUUCAAAUACUUAUUCCUUAUCAUCAAUUACAUUUUAUGUGACAAUGUUCAUAACUCUUGAAGCAAUAUUUACAGAUUUAUUUCUCUUUGAACUUAGGAUUUUCUUCACGAAAAAUCAUAACUUCUUUACUUUUUAAGGUAUCUACUUCAAACUUCAAAUAUAUAUUUCUUAUCAUUACACACAGUCAUGUUGUGUGACAAGGUUCAUAACUAGCGUGACUAUUUCUAGAAUUAUUCCCCUUGAUCUUGGAAUUUAUGUUAACAGUGUUUUUUCAUUAUAAUUUAAAAAAUAAUUAUACAUAAUUGAUUUUUCUUUCAUAGUUUUGUCUUCCUUACUGCGUCCAGUAUUUUAUUAGUCGAGCUUCGCUGUCUCCUGUGACAGCUCUUGUUGUCUGUUGUUUUCACAUUUUCAAAUACUUAUGAAAUUAUAUGGAUACUUUGUUAAAAUUGUUUCAGAAUGAAAAGAUGUAUAUAUUACUCCUGUUUAAUAAGUAUCUGUAAAAUCACAAGGGAUUUAAAUUCAUUAAUUUCAUGAAUUUAAAUUUUUUUGCUAAAAAGUGGUUAAGUAUCUCCAGUGUAAAUUUUUUAACAGAAUUGAAAGUAGAGAAAUUGAUGAAUAUCUAACUUCCAAAAUAAGAUCAAAAUGUUGAUAUUUGCAAAAUCUUGCCUUGUGAAAAUAUAUAAUUUUACAGCAGUUAUUUAUUGUCAAAUCAUAUCGUUGAAUGCGUAUUUGUAUGGCAUGCGCAAAGUAGUGUGGUUUGUGUUUUGGCAGUCAGAACUGGAAAGAUAUAAUAAAAUACUAAUAAAAAAUAACACACAUCA